GAGGCCUACGAGGAGAGGAUGAGGAGGAGCCUCGACCCCGAAGGCUACGAAGACCCCGGCAUAAAAGGCUCCCACCUAUCCCUUGGCGAGAUGAGCACUCCGUCGGUGACCGAUGUGGACCUGGAGGCGGGAGGGAGCAGGAAGCCCGUGUCCCAGCGGGACACCCAUGAGGGCUACGUGGAGCUGCACGAGCUGGUCAUGGACACCACGAAGGAGCUGUGCUGGAUGGAGGCCAGCCACUGGCUCAAGCUGGAGGAGGACUUCAAGGAAGCCGGGCACUGGGGCCAGCCCCAUCUCUCCUUCCUGACCUACCGCAGCCUCCUGGAGAUCCGUCGGGCUUUGGCCAAAGGCGCCGUGCUCCUCGACGUGGAGGCCAACUCGUUGGCAGCCAUCGCCCACGUCCUCAUCGACCAGAUGAUCUACGAGGGGCAGAUCAAGGCUCAGGACCGGGAUGACAUCCUGAGGACGCUGCUGCUCCAGCACAAACACCCCAGCAAGGACCAGUCGAUGGGGACCCUGCUGCCGGCGCAGCUGCAGCGCUCGGGCACUGGCCGGGGAGAGACGGAGCAGCCGCUGCUGCGGGAGCAACAGCCCAUGGAGAUGCGCAGGCUGGCAGGGACCGAGCAGUCCCCAUCUCUUCUGUGUCCCACGUCCCUCUGCCCUGUGUCCCUGUGCCCGGCCCCCCCGUGACCCCCAUCCCAUCCCGUCCUCCCCCCAGGCUGCGCAGCCUUCCUGGAGCAGCCCACCCUGGCCUUCGUGCGCCUGAAGGCCGCGGUGACACUGGACGCCGUCCUUGAGGUGCCCUUGCCCGUCCGCUUCCUCUUCGUGGUCCUGGGCCCCGACAGCCCCAACAUCAGUUACCACGAGAUCGGCCGCGCCGUGGCCACCAUGAUGUCCGAGAGGGUCUUUCGCCGGGAUGCCUACCUGGCCGAGGGCCGCCAGGACCUGCUGCGGGGGGUGGAGGACUUUCUGGAGGCCAGCAUCGUCCUGCCCCCCACCGAGACCCCCAACGAGCAGCUCCUCCGCAGCCUGGUGCCGCUGCAGCACGAGCUGCUCCGCCGCCGCUACCAGCCCCCCGAGAAGACACCGGGAGAGGGCUUCCUAAAAGACCUGGGGCUGGGGGAGCCGGCGCCGGAAGAUGACGACCCCCUGCGCAGGACGGGGAGACCUUUUGGGGGGCUGGUGAGGGACAUCCGCCGCCGGUACCCCAAAUAUCUCAGUGACAUCAAGGAUGCCCUCAGCCCCCAGUGCCUGGCCGCCGUCAUCUUCAUCUACUUCGCGGCGCUGUCACCUGCUGUCACCUUCGGAGGCUUGCUAAGUGAGAAGACCAAGGGCAUGAUGGGGGUGUCGGAGCUGCUCAUCUCCACCUGCGUGCAGUGCGUCCUCUUCAGCAUCUUCAGUGCCCAGCCCCUGCUCGUCGUUGGCUUCUCGGGGCCCCUCCUCGUCUUCGAGGAAGCCUUCUACUCGUUCUGCACAGCCAAUGGCAUGGAGUACAUCGUGGGCCGGGUCUGGAUUGGCUUCUGGUUGAUCCUGGUGGUGCUGGUGGUGGUGGCCUGCGAGGGAAGCGUCUUGGUGCGCUACCUGUCCCGCUACACCCAGGAGAUCUUCUCCUUCCUCAUCUCCCUCAUCUUCAUCUACGAGACCUUCUCCAAGCUGGUCACGAUCUUCAAGGAUCACCCACUGAAGCGACAUUACAACGUGAAGGACACCUUUGAGCCCAAGGUGCCGGAGCCCAACACGGCGCUGCUGUCCCUCGUCCUCAUGGCCGGCACCUUCUUCCUGGCCUUCUUCCUCCGCAAGUUCAAGAACAGCGCUUUCCUGCCUGGCGUGGCCCGGCGCUUGAUUGGGGACUUCGGGGUGCCCAUUUCCAUCUUCAUCAUGGCGCUGGUUGACUUCUUCAUCCAGGACACCUACACGCAGAAACUGAACGUCCCCAAAGGGCUGGAGGUCACCAACUCAUCUGCCCGGGGCUGGUUUAUCAACCCCAUGGGGAAGGACAACUCUUUCCCCAUCUGGAUGAUGUUCGCCUCUGUGGUGCCUGCCCUCCUGGUCUUCAUCCUCAUCUUCCUCGAGACGCAGAUUACAACUCUCAUCGUCAGCAAGCCCGAGAGGAAGCUGGUGAAGGGCUCUGGCUUUCACCUGGACCUGCUGCUGAUCGUGGCCAUGGGGGGCCUGGCUGCCCUCUUCGGCAUGCCCUGGCUCAGCGCCACCACCGUCCGCACCAUCACCCACGCCAACGCCCUCACCGUCAUGACCAAGACCUCCUCUCCUGGCGAGAAGUCCCAGAUCUUGGAGGUCAAGGAACAGCGCAUCAGUGGCUUGUUGGUGGCCGUGCUCAUCGGCGUCUCCAUCCUCAUGGAGCCCAUCCUGAAGUACAUCCCGUUGGCCGUGCUCUUUGGCAUCUUCCUCUACAUGGGUGUCACCUCCCUCUUUGGCAUCCAGCUCUUCGACCGCAUCCUGCUCUUGCUGAUGCCACCCAAAUACCACCCCGACGAGCCCUACGUCACCCGGGUGAAGACUUGGAGGAUGCACCUGUUCACCUUCAUCCAGAUCAUUGUACUCGCGCUGCUGUGGGUGGUGAAGUCCACCCCGGCCUCGCUGGCGCUGCCCUUCGUCCUCAUCCUCACCGUGCCCCUGCGGCGCUUCCUGCUGCCCAGGAUCUUCAGGGACAUUGAGCUCAAAUGCCUGGACGCGGACGACGCGGUGGUGACCUUCGAAGAGGCGGAGGGCACGGAUGUGUACAACGAGGUGCAGAUGCCCAGCUAA